GUUCAAACUCCUUAUCCUCCGAACAAGAAAUGGCUUCCUUCUGCAGAUCAGCUCUAAUGGCGGGCUCAAGGUCCAUAGCUCGCUCAAGAGCCCUCACCCAAACCUCCCUUAACUCCUUAAACCCCGCAGCCAUGGCGUCCCCGUUUGCUUCCGCCACCAGAACAAUUCCUUGCGCUACAAGAUUCGUUUCGGUAUUGGGAUGCAUGGAGUCAAUGAUGCCGCUUCACAGCGCCAUUGCUUCUGCUCGGCUUACAUCCAACAUUGCCGUCGAUUCCACCUGCUGGAGCUCCCUUUCUCUUGGUCUUGCAUCACCGUUGUGACAAGGCCCACUGGCUUGUAAAAGAGGGCUUCUCGACCGAAGCUGAGUAUGACCCAAAUUUAACCAGGCAACCUCAUCCCGGUUCGUUCAAGUUGUACUGUACUGCUCUCCUCCAAUGGCAUAUAAGUUUCUAUUUGAUAAACGAUAUCAGUGACCAAUUUUGUUUUUGCUUACACUGUGGUAUACACUGAUUGUGAUGCUUGGCCUGAAGAAUCAAUGGACUAUCAACCUAGAACAAUAGGAAUGAUACAUGUGAUGCAUGAGCUUAUUAAUUAUUUGGGUUGAGGGCCUUCUAUUUGGUCAUUGGAAGUGUGACGGCAGAGUUAUUUUCAUUAAGUGCCGUUAAGGCGGAAAGAGUGGCCUUCGAGCAUAUAUAUUACAUCACCGCAUCUAUUGCUCAUAGAGAAAUUGUGUUGAUAUAAUUGCUGGUAACAAAACGGAGUGGCAUGUCAUUUAUAGACCUAUUUUUUACAAUAUUGGUGAUCUUCCUUAUUGUUCUGCA